UCCUUCGCACUAGGCGUUACGCGCGCGUCUUUCUGGAUCGUAUGUGAUGCCGCGGUUGAUGCGCGCUUCUCCGUGAAAACGAGUAAUCCGCGGGUUCCCGUACGAUUGGAGCAGACCAAGAGAAUCGAAGGAGUGUCGCGAAGGGAUAUCGCGCGCGCGCACGCGCGCGAGUGAGCGAGCGAGCGAGCUAUUGUUCCUGCCGCGGAACCGCGAUUCCCUCGGUCUUCGUAUUUUCGCAAUUUUCUGAUGUACCCGUCACUCGUCACGUCACUCGCUUGAAGAUCUAGCGUAUACCUAACAACAAGAAAUCACGGGAGCGCAUUGGAUUUUUAAUUCUCACGACGGGACGCAUUUUUAUCGUAUUCGCGAGAAGGACCGGAGGAAGUCCAAACGAAAACAGGAUGAAGCAGCGCACGGUGCGAGAUCUCCGAUAAUCGAACGAAUCGGCUGACCUCCAUUCGCAGGUCACAAGACAUCCAGUGGUUGAGUGCGUCGGGAAACUGCGAUCGGAUUGUCGCGUCGUUUUUCGUUUUCUCCCUCGCGCGCGCGUUUCUCUUCGUGUAUCUCACGGGAUUGCAGCUUCCCAUUGGUGUCAAAGGGAUUCGUUCGCCUUCAGGAUUUCGUUCGUACGAGGCCGUGAUCUGGGAAUGAGCUCGAGGGUCGCGCGCAAUCGGAAGGUAAUCACAUCGCCGGCGAUGCGAGCGAGACGCACGGCCGAAUAAUGCGUCGCGAAGCGAUCCCGCAGAAUCAUCCUUACGACAUCGCCCGAGGGGAAGGAUGCAGCACGGCAAAGGUGGAUAGAAGACGCCGAACGUUCGACAAGGUGUAUGUACAGGCCGCCGGAACCGGCCAUUUCGGUUCCGGACCGUGAAAUCGCACAGCUACGAUAAGAAGCAGAAGUGGAGACGGACAAGUGUGCGGAAGGGUACGCGGUCCAUACCCGGCCCGCCAUCCUGGCGGCAUGGUCCUUUGGGCCACGAUACUUAUCCUCCAAGGGGCUGGAUUCGUAGGCUCGGUGACAGGCAUUCCCGGCGUCCCGGAAAACAUAACGGUGAUGUUCCUGAACCCGACGUCCGUGCGCGUGUCCUGGAGCACCAGUCAGGUCGAGCAGGUCGAGAAGUACGACGUUACGUACAAGCCAACCGACGCCAGUUACAGGGUGGUGGCGGUGGUCGCAGGAAACAGCGAAGCGGUUACUUUGAGCGGCCUCCGGGCUGAUACGCAAUAUCAGCUGGUAGUAACCGCCGUGAGGGCCGGAAAGAAGUUUCGAAGUCGACCGAUCGUCUUCCGUACACUCGGUAAGCUUUGCCUUCCUAAGCUUUACCUGUCUCCGGCGUCACGGUCACAGACGAGAGAGCCACCACGCACGUCCCCGCAGCAAGAUGCAGCGGUAACCGGUGGUCCUCUUCCUCCACCUCCACCGUCCUCGCAACAACCUCAACCGUACAUACAAAUCCGCGGCGUCGAGGUGGGCAUAGUAGUGUUAGUGCUGAUAGUCUGGGCGGGCGCGAUCGCGCUCUUCUUCAAUCGCUGGGGCAAGAUCCGCAUGUUGCUGCCUUAUCAGCCCGACUACAAGGAGCAACUCAAGGUCCCCGGCACCGGCGUGUGCGCGGCCGCGAACGCCGCGUACACGCAGCACCCGACGCAGCACGCGUGCUCUCAGCAUCUGCACUGGUCGAGCCAUCACGUGGACUCCAUAGACAGCGGCGGAGCUUUAGGCUGGCCGAGAACUUCGAGGCCACGCGUGAACAGCGCCAUCGACGUGGCCGGCUUCCUGUCCCAGGAAUUCCUCCGCCGCCACGGGUCCACGUCGAAAUUGUGCCGUAAGGUUCGCAGUGCAGAUAACUUACCUCUCGCGUCAACGAAUCGCCAACAGGAUCCGCGAAGAAACUCCAAGGACGAAGGUAUCGAAGGCGACCGCGAGUCCUUCCUCAAGCCGAGUCAGGACGACAGGUCCGACGAUCAGGACUCGAGAAGGCAGAGCAGCCUCGACAGCGCGCCGAAGGACAAUACGGAGACGUCGCUGUUGGAGCCCAGUCAUCAGCAGCCUUCCUCGAGGGACUCCCCGGUGGCGUCUUCGUCGUUGGUCGCCAGACGCUUCGGAGGAUGGCGCAGUAGCGGAAAUCACGAGUACGUCAGAUGCCCAGUGCGGCAGCCUGCUUCCAUGGACGAGCGGUCUUACCGGCGAUCGUACGACUCCGAGGCUCCUCGUCCGUCAUCGCGGUACCAUCAUUACCACCGGCGCACCGACUCCGAGCGGCACUCCAAGAGCUGCGACUAUACGCGCCGCACUACGGAGUCGAGCAUCGAGGUGCAGCACUUCGGCCUGCCGAUCCUCAGCGUGAGCGAGCCGAGUCCGCCGGACGAGAGCGAGCGCGUCGACGACUACUUGUAGGACUUGCUUGCCGAGGACUUCCUGAAGGAGCUCCUCGUGUAAACCACCCGCGACCUCUGCACUUCUCCUCGCCGCCCAGCGACCACGGCCGCGAGCUCGCCGGGCUGGACCUUGAUCACGCGGAACCGCGAGUCGCGAUGUCGCGACUGGACGUUUGACACUUUGCCCCCCUCUUCCUCUUCUUCGCUCUUUCUCUCGUUCUUUCUCUUCCUCCCCCGUGUCCUCAUCGACCUCGAACAACCGCGGUAUCAUCGCUCGCGUCGGCCCGCGAAGCUGUGAAUCUUCGCGUUUCUUCGAGGAAUCGCGACCGAUCCAAGUAAGUCUGCAGCGAGGAGAAGGGCAAGGAGAGAAAGAGAGAGAGGGAGAGAGAGAGAGAGAGAGAGAGAGAGAGAGAGAGAGAGAGAGAAUGUAUGUGUGCGCGCAUGUGUGUGUAUGUAUGCAUGUAUAUGUGUGAGAGCGAUCUGCCUCUGCUCCUUCUAAGCGAUAUUCUCGUGCGUGUUACUUUAGAGAAAAAUGUUCGAAGGUUAUAAAUAUAUUUGCUACUCGUAUCUCGUAGGAACUCUCCGCGCGGCGAGCGCUCGCGUCUCCCACGCGGAUCUCGCUCGCACAGCCUCCCGAAAGCGCGUCGAGAUCGCGCCUCGUUAUGAUCCAUAUCUUUCCUCGAUAACCCCGCGACGAUGAUCCGACGUGUCCCGCGCGCGCGUGUCCUGCAAAGCCGAGGGAGAAGAAAGCGAAGUCCACGUCGAAUAUCGCGAGCGCUCGUCGCGUCGCAUCAGCCAACCGCUAAGACGCGCGCGGCUCGACGAGCGAUUCCGCUGCUUCGAUACUGCUAAUUGGGUCGACGUCGCCUCGACGCGGGGGAGUUCCCCGCACUUCCGAGGAAUUUGCGUUCAGGUUCAAGUUCGCCGCGCGCUCGCUCUUUACUCUUCUUUUACUGGAUAAUUCGGUACAACUGCGACUGUACAACUGCGGGAUAACGAGAGUCGUGUCUCAAAGUUCCUUACACGCUCGUUCAAUUAUACUUUCCUUCGAACAAAACGCGUAACCUACGAUGCGCGAUAGUCCCCUUCCGACUCGCGCAUUUCCUCGGUCUCCGUGUUCGGUCUCCUCCCCCCCCCCUCUCUCUCUCUCUCUCUCUCUCUCUCUCUCUUUCUCACACUUUUGUUUCCGCUCGUUCCUUCCUGAGGUCUGUUCUUUUUAGCUGAAUUAGGUUGCACUUUCUUCCUUUAGAACGUAAUACAUAUAAUAUAUCGAGCAUCGAAGAAGAAAGGAACAACGUUCCAAUAAUGCAGCUAAAAGGAACAAGAAGGAGACCGACAAAUCUCUUUAUCUCGCGCGAACUCGUGAAACACUUCUACGUGGAGGGGGAAAGUCUCGGUUCCAUCGAGUGAAAAUUCGGAAACGAGAAACAUCUCCCUUUAAACCAUAUUAAAACUUCGUUGCGAUUCGAACGAUUGAAAAUUUGUUUGUUCCAUCAGUCAAAUUUCCCGUCCGUCUCUAUUCCCUCCUAUACUCUUCAGUUAGACCAACAGAAUUUAAAAAAAAAUAGACGAGAAAUAUUUUGAUGGGAAGAAUUAAAGUUACAAAAACAAUUUGAUUAAGAAAGAGGCUCUCCGCCUUAUUCGCAAUGCAUUCAAAUGAUAAAAAAUCUCCAAAAGCCCGAGUUCUCUGACGAAAUGCUCUCUUUUCCGUGCAAACUCUUCCGAAUUGGAAAAUUUUCACGAGUUCACGUCGGAGGAAAAGAAUCCAUCGUCGACUCCCAGGCCCUCUUACUUCCACCGGCACACGGAGCUCGCAACCCGAAGGUCGCGACCUCGUCAUCGAACGAUCUCGAGAUACGGGCACAAAUCGCGUCUGUGAUAUGCGCCGUGUUAGCCUGACACGUGUCGGGGAGGUUACCCGCGCUACAAACACCUAAGGAUAACGUAACGUCUGUGCACGCCAAGUGCCAGCCCAAAUGUGACCCCGAUGCGCGGAUGAAUUACGUCGAUGUCAGCGGGACACCGCUUAUUAUUCGUGUCAACAGCUUCUGCUCCCGCGGCUGUGGGGAGAGACGGACGCGAUUAUUCGUAACGGCACGUCAUAAGCACUCGCGACGCUACAACGCGCGCGUUAAUUAAUCGCGCGCUGCCCCGAACAUGAUCAGCCCACGACGUGUUGUCCGUCGUCAGCGAGCACAGGAUUCUUCACGAAGCGGUUAGCGAGACGCGACGUGUCAGACAACGAGUGGACGGUGAGACUCGUUGUCUUUCUCUCAAGAGAGGAAGAGAGGGACAUCGACGGGGAGGAUCUUCUUUCCGACGAGGUAGCGAGAUAGGUCACGCGAGAUAGAACGCGUGCGACAGAUUCGCGCGAGGAUCGGCGACGGGUUAGUCGAGAUUGUUAACAGCGUGAUAUUACGGCGUCUUAUCGUUCGAUUAAGGAAUCUUCUUCCUCCCUCCUCCUCGUCAUGAGAACUCGUCGCUGUACGAAGCGCACGUGCCUGAUCGCCGUCGAUCUCUCUUGACUUCACAUCUGCGGACCAAUCGUUGCGGGGAAGAGAGCGGGGCCAUUAUCGUAAGAAACGUCAGGGGGGACAAUCCGCGAGAAGAGAUCGUCCGCUCGUCACGUGUAAGACGCGCGACCGAGCGAAGUGAAACUGGCACGAGCGUGCGUAUGAGGGAAAUAAUGAGCGGGAUCAUUACGGUCUAAUCGCACGAUGUCGUUUUCGCCGGGUCGAGCAGCUUCAUAGUUGAAGCGCAAGUCGGUGAGUUUCAGUCGAGCGAACGAUUCCGAGGUCGAUCGUGUUACUCAGUCGACUCAGCUGGUUAUUUCAUUCGUCGCACUGUGAGACAUCGGACGUCUCACGCGACAGCGUAUCGCUGUCUCUCUCUUUCUGCUCACUCAAGAGACGACUUUGAAUUCUUCGAGCACGUCCCGCGCGAGGGAGCUUACUUUGGAAAUACGUUUCGUAGCGUCGCUUUUAGGGCGGGUUGUUCCAACUCCUCGGUAAGUUAACUGAUAGUUAAGUCGUAUGUCUAUCUUUGUUUUCGAUUGAAGGGAAAACAAAGAUAAAUAUAUGAUUUAACUAUCAGUUAACUUACCGAGAAGUUGGAGCAACCGGCCCUCAAUCUCGCAAGAAGCGAAACAUCCGCGAAGAAAAAUUGUGUUCCUAUCGUCACUUGUACAUAUCGUCAUGAUGAUUCGAAGGCGGUUUUUACCUUUCACGUGCGCUUCGAUCUCUCGAUAUCUCUACGCGGGUGAUUUACAAACCGCCAAGUUCGGGGACCAAUCGAGCCGCGCGUCGAUGCAUUCGCAUUUUAUCACGAGCACAUCGUCGAAGGUUUUUACAAAAAGCCACGUUACAUCACGGUGAACUUGACGAAACUUAUCAACUUAACGAGGCAUAUCAACAUCGAAUUUUAUUUCGGCCUUCUCGACGGUUAAGCGGCGAAAUCGAGGGAGCUGAAGAUUUAUAACACAUACAUCGUUGAUUCGAUCCUUCACCCUUUCAUCUAUCCCUUCCCUCGCGCGUCAACGAUCACCUCCCGCAAACUUAGAGACACUAACGAGCAUCUUAACUCGAAUUAACGAGUGAUCAACCUAAAAGUUCACUCGACAGGAAAGAAUCCAUUUAAACUCACCGCAGACUAAUUCCCGCGUCGACCCGACGACGAGCGGCAUUUCGCUCACAGUCGCGUUACAGUCCAAUUUCAUCGAUUGAUCUUCACCUCACGGAAACAACCGACCGGCCGUCGGAAGCGCGACGGUCUCAGUUCCACGGGCAGCUUUGUUCAAAGUCGCUGACACGCAUAGAAACGAAGACAUCGACGAUCGCGUGGAGCCGCGCGCGAGCGAAGGCACGCCUAGCGACGUUUAAACGCGCGCUGAACCCGGACCUAUCUCAACGCUGCGUCAGUUGCGCCGGUCAGCUGAUCGCCCUAGCACGUGCCGGCCGGCCACGUGCUCGACGGAUCGUGCGCGAUCGAUGCAUUCGCUCGAUACCAGUCGCGCAUGCGCGCCAACAGGUGCGACUGCGACGGUCGAGCGGCCCGGUACAGCGACUGCGAGGUCGGAGCUUGUCUAUGCUUGUCUCUCGAGGUCGCGAAGUGGGGCUAAGGCCGCGCUUGCCACAUGCCGUCACGUACAGUGAUAACUAUGGCUUCCUGCAAUAACGCCUAUGGAAUGCGACUAUUGUUUUCCGCCGCGUGCCGCGCGUAGAGCGGAUCGAGCGACGACAUCUCCGCUUCCAGACGUCGUAGCGACUUGAAACAAACACCGUUGGAAAGGAGAGAACAGCGUGCAUGAGAAGCACGCGAAAUCGCCCUCCCGCGGAAUCAGGAUUUAUUAGCGCAGUUGCGUAAACGCGGGAGACAUCGAUUUUGGAGUUUUCCUUGAAGUGGGGAUUGAUCUAUGUUGAAAGUCAAUGAGGAAGAUUGGUUUAGGCUUGUGAUACGCAGCGUGAAUUUUAUGUUCUCAAUGAAUAUAAAUACGGUGAAUAUAAAUGAAUAUGAAUACGGUUCGAAGAUAAAAGGAAAUAAUUGCGACGGGAGGGAACUUUACUCUGAUUUUCGUGUAUUUGGAAAUUAAUUUGUCAGCAAAUUUUGAAUGUUAAUGCAUUGUGCAGAAUUAUGCGGGAGAAAAAAGAUAACAUACCGAUUGGAUUCUUUUGAAUAAAAUCAGUCUUUAUAUUAUUUUCAAAUUCGCUGCGCAGGUUACCGCGCGCGAUGCUACCGUCUCUUCCGUCCGUGAAAAUAAGAUAUUUCCUUAUUUGUUUAUUCCUUCAAUCAUAGCUGCGUCGGGCAAGCACACAUAAAGGAUGCACAUCGAGUUCGCGUUGUACAACGAACGAAUCCCGAAUUAUUAUUUACCCACUUCGAUGCAUCCUGUUGUCGUAGUAGCCGCGUCGUCGAAAUAGCUUUGGUUACAAACGCGGAGAACCGGUUCGCUCGAUAUUAUAAACAUCGAUCGUUAAACUUUCAUGUCCACCGUAGGAUUCUGCCAUUGUAACUCCAAUCCGACGUUUCAAAUCGAUAACCCAGCUCGCCUUUGGAUCUUCGGCGGAAAUACUGUCGCACGUGUCGAGGCGGAGGACCUUCGACGUACAGGACGAGCGAACGGCCGAUGUUCAUACCGCGCCGCGUUCAUCGUCGCCGCCGCCGUCUAGCGGCUGCGUAAGGAAAUCGAUAACGCAACCUUCACUCUUUCUGAGCGUGAUCGCUCAGAUUGUCGCUGUGUAUUCUCAUUGUCUCGCGCGCAUUGAUCCCGCGCCGCAGGAUCCACGACGACUUCCCAGAGCGGAGCAGAAAAUCACGUUGGCGUCAAAGUGAAAGAGAGAAAAUCGCUACGGAAAUGCACUUCUCGACCGUGAUUCGAUCGUUUUCCUGUUCUCACUUUUUUUUUCUCGUAUCAUUUUGGCGCACUCGCGAGGCAACUUUUCCGUUUCACCUGAGUGAGUGGCGUGUCUCGUGCUCGCUGAUGAGAUUUGCGGCGAGAUCUCGUUAGCAAUAUCGAACUUCCGAGAAUCAGCAUUUUGUCAAAGACGAAUGGAAGGGGGGAGAGGGGUGAUAGCCGAUGCUGAGUCUCCUUAUCGCGCCGCGCGACGUGAAGUAUCAUGGGCUUUCACGUGAAUUGUAUCCACAACGAUCGUGCGACUCUCGCAUGCUCGCACGUGUCGUCUCGUUCGCACGCGCGCGCAAAAUCUCGCGAGCUGAGGAGACGACGCGGGCGUAUCGAAUAUCCGUUCGGGAAACUUGGAACCAGCGGCUCUCGAGUGGCCGCCUAAAUUUGUAUGUGUUUGCGUUUAUAUAUAAACAUACGUAUUUACUCAUACGUAUCUUGCGGACACUUCACGUAUCAUGAAAACUAAUCGGCGAAAUAUGAGAUGGUAAAGGUCGAGAGGGAGAGAGAGAGAGAGAGAGAGAGAGAGAGAGAGAGAGAGAGAGAGAGAGAGAGAGAUAGAGAGAGAUAUAUGUAACAUUUCCGCGGAAAGGAACAUCCGGAUACAUCAAAGUUCAUGCUGAGAUCCAUUAGCGAGCCGAAUCACUCGGCUGUAAAUCGCAUUUACGCUCAAUGUUUUCCACGUACGCCGAGAUCGUGCUUGUUUCUUUCUCCCGUUAUUUUAUCGUCCGUCACAUUUAUCUCAUUUAUUAUUUAUCAACUAUUUUAUCGCUGCUUUAGUUUCGCCGCGUCGACGCGAAAACACUCGCAUCGAUCAAAUUGGCAGUGAAGUGGACGGAGUGCAACGAAAGCGCGAAUUAUUAUCAUUAUUAUUAUUCGACGUAAUUCACCUUUGAGCGGUGACGAACGGUAAAUCGUUCCCGACGAAGCGAGUUGGCAUCCGCGCCAGAUCGCGACAGGUCGGAUAGGAGCAUGAACUUUGCGCAACACCCACACAUACGUACACGGAGACACACGCGUAUCCACACACGCGAGGAGAUCGACAAGGAUUCAAUUACCUCCAAACGAUUGAUAAUUAUAGCUUUAAACGAAGAGACCAAAUAAUUAAAGAAGAGUCCAUAUUCUCUUACGAAAAGGGCAGUCUUAGGGAAACCCGAAUUAAGCAAUUUUACAAAGAAAGAAAGAGUAUCCGUCUAAGAUUACUAUCUAUCCUCUGUACAUACAUACAUAUAUAUACGUACAUAUAUAUAUAUAUAUAUAUAUAUAGCUGUAUGUAGAAUUAGAGACGCGAUUGGUCCGAGGCAACGCGGAUCAACCGUGCGAGCAAUCGUUCGAUCGAUCGAGGGUGCGGGGAUUAAGAGGAAGACUUCGGCGAAGAUCCCGCGAAGAUCUCUGUCUGUCGCCGUAACGUCGUAACGUCGAA